AUGGAGUGUUUUAUCCCAUUGAACCAUGGUGUAUCAGCUGAAGAUAUAGCCAACAUAAAACAAUCUCACGAUCUGAGAAAAUUCGUUAUCUUUGACGAGCAAUUGAAAGUUGUUUUAAAGACCAAGUUGAAGCCAGGUAAUUUGACAAAAUUUACCAUUUGGAUCAAUGAUGCCUUGAUGUUAGACUCUAGUAAUGUGUUUGAUGACAUUUUUGAGGAGGUAACUGAGGAAAUUUGGGAGUUGAAACACACAGUUUGCUCAGAUCAACUAUUUAAAUCUACCGUAGUAAUGAAUAAUGGGUACGAUAAUGUCAUCAAAUUCCAAAUAGAAUACAACACCGACGAAUGUAUGGAGGUUGUGGAACCACAGGAAGAAAAUAGCGACAGUGAUGAUGAAAUUUUGCCCAGCUUCGAGCCUUUAUACUCAUGGUCGACGAGGACUGGUGCCGCUGUGGAUGACCCACAACCGUUGGAAACUGCUGAAAUAAACUUACCAGAAGAAAAGAAAUCAAAGCAUCUUACGUUGGAAUAUCCGAUAUACUCAUUAUUGAAUAUGCGAUUAAGAAAUUCUGUUUUCAAAUCCAAGAGUUAUAUACUCUCAUCCUUAGAUUUCCAAACUUCCAAGUCUUUAAUACAAUUGAUUGAUAAACAUUUUACAAACGAUCCAAAAGUAAAUUUGCAUUUCAGACAGAUUAAUUACGAAUUGGUGGAUAAUAAGAACACAAAACUGCGAAUUGAGCCGCUGUUGCCCCUACAGCUACCUCUCGUGGUCAAUAAAUAUGACAGUUACUGCACUAUUUAUAAAUUAUCAUUUCCACAAUCUUCCACCAUACCGCAUCGAGUCAAAAUCACAUUAGACUAUAAUGUAUCCUGCAAUGAAAUGAAAAUACCGAUCCUAACUUCGUGGGAGACAGACGUCACCAUCAAGAAAUCGAUAAGCAAACAAUCGCAACAACAACAACAAUCACUCGGUGCAUUGUCAAGAAUGUCUUCUACACUUUCAACACCAAAACUUUUACAAAGCAGAAAUAGUUUCCUAGAAUCCGGUGCAUCGAUGGCAUCCCUAUUGAACAACAAAUCCAAUAACGUCAAGUUCAAAUUUUUACAGAAAACGAUCACAACAAAGAAGGGAGAACCUUUCAUUCUAUCCCUACAGAUAGCGAAUUUCUCAAACUCUGCAUUAGAUCUGGUGGUCUACCACAAUAACAAGAUACCGAACUUCAAUAAUGCAAAUGCGACUUUGGCAAAACAAGUGCAGUUAUUACAGAAAUACAGGAAACAAACAGAAGGCAUAAUACUACUCACAAACGAUUACAAGAUUCCCGUUGUGAAGCCAAAUGACACAAUUCUGGUCGACCUGAAAUUGAUCGGAAUCAUGUCCGGCUACUUCUCGGACCUGGUGGGGCUCAAGAUACUUGACCUGAAGGCCAAUGAGGUCAUCGAAAUCGGCAGAAGCGUCAGCGUAUACGUAGAAUAG